AAUUGAGUAAAAAUUGGAAGAUGUCUGUAGGAAAAAACACAACAAGGGCGGUUUAGUGACCCCAACUAUUAAUUAUUAAUUUAAUUUAAAAGUUUGAUCACGUUUUCCAGAAUGUCAAGUGAUUCAGAAGAAUUUUAUGACCUCGAUGAACAAGACGUUACCGUCGUUGCCGAGGAAAAGUCAGAUAUGGAAGUGACUACAUUUAUCUUACCAACUGUGACGAGCAAAACUCCUGAUGAAGAAGUAAAAACUUCUAACAGUAAUUCUCUCCAGCAAGUUCAUCCAAUAUUAGAUUUCUCAGCUGAGAAAGAAAAAGAAAUUACUAAAGAAACAAGUGUAUGUCAAAGACCAGUAGCAUUGGAAGGCUUAGAUUCUCCUUCUGGUUUUGGGGCUAUUGAGAAACGAAGAAAAAAGCUGGAAGAAUUGAGAAAACGAAUGCUGACAGAUGAUGAUGAAGGCAAUCCCAAUGCAUCUCCACCAGGCAGCCAUCCAUCAUCAGUUGAAGGACUCUAUGCAGUUAGUAAACCAUCACACCCAUUCAAAUUCAUUGAUCAUGAGACCAUGAGCAUGCAGAGCACAGUAUCUCUUGGUCGAGUUGGUCGUGUUUUAGGUGGGGAAAUCAAACUGGCUUCCAGAUCCGGAAGCAAGGAAAAUAUUAGUCGUGCCACUACUCCUGAGGUAAGGACACCAACUUCGACGGCAGAAACUCCGAUGACUCCUUUGCCCGUUGUUGUUAAUUGCCAUGAGCCAGACGUUGUCGCUAGCGCCAAAGCUUCCAUUCAGACGGACGUACCUCCUUUUGCUUCUUCGACUAGUGAAGUAGGUGGAACACCGCGGGUUCUUUUUGAACCAGUCGCUCCUCCACGACGGAGGCGGAAUAAAAUUCAAGCCCCUACUCCUCCUCCUCCAGCAAUACCUUCGGUGCUUCCAACUCUGCAAGACCCUGCUCCUUCUCUAACGCCAAAAGCUCCUAUUCCCGUGGCUAUUCCCGCUUCCGUAUCAGCUCCAAUGUUGUCGUCAUCUGCCCCACCUCCCAUUGUACUGGAACCAAGCAAAAAAACUCCACACCACCCGUUUUCAAAAGGAUUUGAGUUUUCUCUUGAUUUAAUGUCAGCCACCAAGGGGAAUUAUGUUAUCAAGCCUCAGGACGAGGAAUGCACCAGAGCCGAAAGGCGGAGUUCCAUGACCGACACAAUGAGUAAAACCCCUGAGAGAAGUUUAACAGGGGACGAUGAUGUCAAAGUAGAGAAAGUUAGUGCUGAUCCCAAUUGUGAGGAUGAAGCAAGUGGAAUUCAAACGCUCAAUAUGUUCGUCCGAACCCGAACGGACUCGGGUAAACCUCUUAGUGACAUGGAAAUUCUAGAACAGGUGACGGUUCUAAACCUCGAUACUGGAGAGCAGAUUCCUUUGAGUAUUGCCGAAGACAAGUUGCCCCAGUGCCUCAACCCGCUGUCAUUACAUAUCAUGAGGUUAACCUCGGAGUACAUCAGCAAUUCGAGUCUUGAAAAAGAUAAAGAAUCCGACAACGAAAGUGUUGACUCAAAGAAAACGUAUAACACUCAACUGGACAAUGUCUCCGACGGGGAUUCGGUUUCUCUUCGCAAAAAGACAUCACAGCUAAAGAAAUUUUUGGGAUCUAAAGUUCGCCGUACAGUAGGAAGAGCAAAAAUGAUGGCUCAAGAAGUGUCUUUGCCCGGACGCCAAAAAGAGGAGAUGAUAGACAUCCCUGACGAAUUAACUGGUGGAGAACAGCAUGUCAAAAUGAAAGCUUCUUCCAGUCACAAGGGGCCUUAUGAAUUUGACACCCUACAGUGCGUCCAAGAAAUGCAUGGCGAACAUUUGGGUCCCAUCUGGUGCAUGAAGUUCUCACCCUGUGGACGCCUGUUGGCUACAGCCGGCCAAGACCGUAUUCUCCGGAUCUGGGUACUAAAGACAGCCUUCAAUCAUUUCCAGGACAUGCGAUCUCGCUGUAAUGCCGACAGUAAAUCGUCACCGACUCCAUCCCAAGAGUCUUUGGUGUCACAGCAUUCAGUUGAAGAUCCGGUUGCUGCCAUAAUAGCAGAAAAGGAGUCAGAUCCACGUUCACCUUUCGUUGAGCGGCCUUUCUGCACUUACGUUGCUCACACUUCUGAUCUCCUUGACGUUUCAUGGUCCAAGAAUUAUUUCAUUUUGUCGUCGUCGAUGGAUAAGACAGUUCGACUUUGGCACAUAUCUCGAAAAGAGUGCCUAUGCUGCUUCCAACAUAUCGAUUUUGUUACAGCGAUCGCCUUUCAUCCGAGAGAUGACCGCUAUUUUCUAAGUGGUUCUUUGGAUGGUAAACUUCGCUUGUGGAAUAUUCCAGACAAAAAAGUGGCCCUAUGGAAUGAGUUGGAUGGACAGCACAAACUAAUAACUGCCGCUAAUUUUUGCCAGAACGGCAAAUUCGCAGUUGUUGGCUCGUACGACGGUCGAUGCGUUUUCUACACCACAGAACACCUGAAGUACUAUACGCAAAUCCACGUCAGGUCGACCCGCGGACGCAAUUCCAAAGGGCGUAAAAUUACUGGCAUUGAAUCUCUACCCAACGAAGAUAAGAUUCUAGUGACUUCUAACGACAGUCGCAUCCGACUCUACGACCUCCGUGAUUUAAAUCUCUCGUGCAAAUACAAGGGAUACGUGAAUAAUUCAAGUCAAAUCCGCGCCUGCUUUAGUCACGAUGGCAAGUACAUCAUUAGCGGUUCAGAGAAUCAGUACAUUUACAUGUGGAAGACACAUCAUGAUUACGCCAAAUUCUCUUCGGCUCGUCGAGAUCGCAACGAUUAUUGGGAAGCCAUCAAAGCGCACAAUGCAGUGGUGACAUCGGCCGUUUUCGCACCUGAUUCGCAUUCACUGAUUGAGCAAAUGGAGCGACAUCGAAGAGAGAAGGAAGAGGAAAAGGCUUCCUCGUUAUCAGGAGAUGCGUUGAUGGGUCGGCGAUUAGCGGGAUCGGCGACAGCCGAUGGAGCGAAACCAAACUCAAAUGUGGAAGGAGGAGCCUCUUCCGGCAACGGCUACGUUCUUGUCAGCGCGGAUUUCAACGGCUGCAUUAAAGUGUUCGUCAAUCGAGUCAAACCGAAGCAUAGUUCUUUGCCCGUUUCUGCAAUGUCCUAAAAAGAGAAAAAUAGUCGAACGGCUUGGAAAAUUUCAAUCGACAAUGUAGUCGUUCUUCUCAGUCGACGUGACGACAACAGAUAAAUAUGGUUCAGUUUGGAAAUUAUGAAAUUAUCGCGCAACCCAAAGAAUCUAUAUAAUAAUUUAGCAUGCCCAUUCAUUUAUGGCAAGGAAUACACGCCUCCGAUUAUCGA